AAUGUUAAGUUGUCAUCGGCAUAUAUCAAUAAGAACGUGAUUUAAUAAAAUUAUUAAUAUGAAAAGGAAAUGAAUUAACGAUGUAAGUUUCUUUGUCUUCUAAAACAUCAGCCCAACAAGAUGCCAGCCAUGAAGGAUACGAACAUCGUCAAAAUAGCGGUAGAAAUGACCGAUCAGGUACCACAAUUGAUAGAAUUCAAUCAGAAACAACCUUUAGCAGGAAUAAUUCAAGAAUUAUGCAAUGGAUGGAAUUUAACUGAACCAGAACAGUACGCUUUACAGUUUAAUGAGAACAAUAACAAUAAUUACAUUACUGAAAAAAACAGAAACGAGAUAAAGAACGGUUCAGUCCUACGACUGCAAUACUCUCCCUCCAAAACUGCUCAAGAUAUUCUACAUAAACUGAAUACAGGAUCUCCAGAAGAAAAAGCUCAUGCUAUGAACAGGCUGUCCAUACUUAGUGCUGACAUGACAUUUGCAUUAGAUUUUAUUAAUAAACAAGGUCUCACUUUAAUCAUUAAACAAAUUGAGAAUGGAAAAUGUAAAGGUACUGUACUUGCACAUACUUUAUUGUCUUUCGUUGAAUUAAUGGAACACGGGAUCGUUUCCUGGGAUAUCUUAAAUGGUGAUUUUAUUACAAGAGUUGCGAGUUUAGUUAAUACACCACAAGAAGCUCAGGUUACGCAAGCAGCACUGUCUAUUUUAGAAAAUGUUGUCUUAAACAGUACUGAAGGGUAUGGACAGGUUGAGCGUGAAAUUCCGAUCGGAUCUUUGGUGGGACACUUACAAGCUACUCCAGUAGUACAGCAAAAUGCUGUUGCCCUCAUAAAUGCUUUACUUUCAAGGGCGGAUCCCGCCAAAAGGCGUAACUUGUCUGCAACGUUAACGUCCAAACAAGUGAGAACUGUUAUUCAGAAUAAUAUUUUGCAGACUGGGGCUGCCAAGGGGGCUGAAAUGGCACAUCAGCUCUACGUGCUUCAAACUCUCAUGUUGGGAUUGCUGGAACAGAGAAUGACGACUAAAAUGGACCCUCAGGACCAAGAUGGGCACGAUAAAAUAAAGGAAUUACGCAGAAUAGCUUUUGACAGUGAGGGUGCAGGUAAUAUUAGAGGCCCGGGAGGCUUUACAAGGGAUUACAAGAAAUUAGGUUUUAAGAACGAUAUAAAUCCUGCUCUUGACUUUACCGAAACACCUCCAGGUUUACUAGCUUUAGAUUGCAUGAUCUACUUCGCUAGAAAUCAUCCAGAGAGCUACACCAAGCUAGUUCUAGAGAAUAGUUGUAGGGCUGAUGAACACGAGUGUCCGUUUGGCAGAGCGAGCGUGGAACUAGUGAGGAUUCUUUGUGAAUUACUGAAAAUAGGCGAGGCCCCCUCUGAGCAGUGUGUCACCUAUCAGCCGCUGUUCUUCACACACGACCAUCCGUUCGAAGAAUGCUUCUGCAUCUGCAUCGUCCUGCUGAAUAAAACCUGGAAAGAGAUGCGUGCCACGUCCGAGGACUUCGGUAAGGUGGCGAGCGUGGGCAGGGAACAGAUAGUGAGGGCUCUAGAAACGACCCCUUCUUCCCUCGACCAACUUAGGAAUAAGUUACAGUCGUUGACCUACAGCGAGAUCACUCAGUUGUGGCAGUUGGAGAGGAGCACGAGGGAGGAAUGGGAAUCUCACGCCAAGCCGGUCGUGGAGUUGCGAGAGCAAAUCACCCCGGAUAUAUUAGGGCUGAUCAAGCAGCAGAGGCUGGCGUUUCUGGUUGAAGGUACCAGAUUUACGAAAUACUCGGCUCGCGGUCAACGGAUAAAGGAUAAAUUCUGGUACAUGAGACUGUCUCCUAAUCACAAGGUCCUCCACUACGGCGAUUGCGACGAGAAAAGCGCCCCUACAACGGAAGAACUGCAAUCCAAACUGGCCGUGUCCGAUAUACGCGCCUUGUUAGUAGGGAGGGACUGUCCCCACAUGAAAGGGCGGAAAGCAUCACACCAACUAGCCUUCUCUUUAGCGCUAGAAGGCGUAGAUUUGCAAUCGCUGGAUUGCGUGGCUCCCGACGAAUUAGCUCUGUCUUAUUGGACGGACGGAAUAAACGCCCUUCUCGGUCAAAGGAUGCAAAGUAAGGAGACGGAGAAAGAUCUGGAUACCUUGUUGAGUAUGGAAAUAAAGUUGAGGCUGCUGGAUGCCGAAGGCGUUACCAUUCCGCAGGAUCCUCCGCCGAUCCCACCGGAUCCGCCCCACUACCAUUUUUGUUACGAUUUAAAGUAAGGGUAAGAUUUUCUAUGUCAUAGAGUUUUUUUUCAGCAGCGAGAGUGAAAAAUCUACUUAACUAUCAUUGUAUGUAUCUCCGUGUCUCGAAUUUUAGGAAUAGUUUUAAUGGAAGAAUAGAUAUUGAUUCUUUAGUUUUAAAAAUUUUUAAUAUGUGUGUAGUUGACAGGAAGCGAGGAAAAAUAGUACUGGAAUUUUAAUAUUUAUUACUUUAUCAAGGUGCAAUCAAAUCAGUUAAUAACUAAUUGUGAAGGAUGGUGCAAAAAAAAUAACAAGAGAUUAUAUGUUUAUUAUAUAGCAAUGGUCAUGUUUUUGUCACAUUGCUCGUGUGCCCAGGAAAAAAAUAUAUUUUAUUUUAAAAUUUAAAAAAAUCUGUCAUAUUUAGUCUAAAAUUUUAAAAUAAUUUUAUUAAUGUGUGAAGCGAUUAUGUAUUUCAUUAAAGAUUUUUGAAAUUUGAAUGUGGCUCUCUAUGGAAUAUUUCUAGGAAAUUAUACAGGGUGUUUUAGAAUAGUGAAGAGCAUUUUGUCGCAGAUCGAGAAUGUUUCAAGUAAUAUUUUGCGCUCUACUGCAAUUUUCUUGUGCAUAUUUUAAUUUUACAUACAAAAAAUUUACUCUUAAAAUCCACCAAACCGCUUCAUUUUUACUGUUUUGUUUUUUGUGUCCUCAUAAAUUACUGAAAUCAUUUAAAUAACAGACGCUUAACAAUCGUUUAUUUUUUUAAUUUCAAAAAUUGUUUCCAUUGAAUUGGUGUUUUAUUACAAAUGUUUCUUUUUUAAUUUCAAAGCAGUUUUUGUAUUUUAUUUACCAUGCCUUGUAUUCUCGUCAGUAGCUGACUAAAAUUGGUGAUUUUAAAUAUUUCACGGGCAUUCUCAAGCCUAACCGGUAAUAAUUAAUAAAUGAGAAUGUACUCGACCGCUAACAACUAUUUUGUCGGCAAAUGAUAAAAAAUUAUCGGCCACUAACUGUCUGUCGUGUGCACAUCACUAAAUUGUUGACUAAAAAUUAAAAAAAGGAAAAAAAGCAAAUUAAUUUUUCUCCAGAAAACAUUGCAUUUUCCAUUAGUUCUGGCUUCUAAGUUUUAACUUACUUUUUUGUGCAAAAUUAAAAGGUACAAAGGAAAUUUAUAAAAUUAUGACUUGAAAUACUAAACUUUUUAAAAAGCCAAAGAUAGCAGGUUAUUUAGGGCCUCACAAAACACGUGUCUACCACAUUUUUGUAUGAUACGUCGAUUACUUUUGAAGAUAUUGGCAAAAUUCGUUUAAGAUAUCCUGUAUCUUCAAAGCGAAAAAUUGGGAACUCGUAAUUCAUAGAAAAAAAUCAUUUUUUAUAUAUUCUGUUGCUCCUAGUGAGGUUGGACAUCUUUUGCACCUAGAUUUCUGGUGUCGAAGAAUGCUGUUUGAAUUCAAUUGAUGAUUUUUUUUAAUUAGAUAUCUUUUUUUUAAUUUGUUUAAAUUCCAUGAAAAAGAUUAUGGUAUGUUAUUCUGGAACACCCCGUGUAUUACCGAAUAUCUUAUCUAGUCAUUCCUGACAGUAAUUAAAUUAUUAUUCCUUUGCAUAAAGAAGUAUUGUGUUAAAAGGUAUAAAAAUAUGAGAAAACUCAAUAUCUUUGAACCUUAUAUCUUAAAAUAUUUUAAUAAAUUUAAAUUUGCAUGUGUAACACACUUAAAUUAACUCUUUCACUGCUGCUAUCGGGAAUAAAAUUUUCUUAAAAAUCAAGAAAUCAAAAUUUUAAUUUUUCAUAGAAUUAUUGUGUACACCCUGUAUGUAGAAAGACUUCAUAAAGGAUUAUAAUCCAUGUGACUGCCGAGCCUAGGCAACCAACAUUGCACGGCUGGUACCAGUGUUAACGCUUCGUUUACAAUGAACGAUGUCAAACGUUACAUCUACGCUCAAGAUAAUACGAUCGUAGAUUAAUUGAAUGAAAUAUCGUGAAACAUUAAAAUAAUCACCAGCCGGUGAGAUAGAAUGUGUUUUAACGUAAUCUUAAUUCUGCAGUGAAAGGGUUAAAAGAAAACCCGUUUUAAACUUGGAUACGUAGUGUUUUAAUAUACUCGAAUAGUUUUAUAUCUUUAUUAAAUAUUUUAGUUAUACCAAAAAUUAUAUUUAUAGCGAUUUUUUCCAAAAUAUAUUUUAGUUAAUAAUAUGUAGCUUUAAUAUUUUGUUAAUUCAGGUUAAUUUGCUUAAACAUUAGUUAGGCAUUAAAAUUUUAUUGUAUUAUAAAAUUCUUAACAUUUUCCAUCCCAUUUUUAAUAUUCCAUUUUCUUUUUCAAUAAUUUUAUGUUUUACCAUAAACAUGAAGACUAUAGGUAGCUUUACCAUAAAUUUUUAAUAAAUUUUAAUGAUAUUAUUGUAUUUGUAACCAAAGGCGUAUUUAUAUAUUCGUAUAGCAGUAAUAAACUGAUUUUAACUCA